AUGUUUCGAAAAACUAUAGCGCCGUUGCUGGCACUGCUUUGUUUCUUACUUGUCGUCACAAGUUUGUAUCUUGGGCGCGGGAGCUUGACUUGGCCGUCGUAUAAUCCCGUAAGUAUCGGGCACAAUGAGGCGCAAGCAAGCAUCAGUCCAACAUCUCUCGAGACCAAGGCCAAGACAACGAGUACAGAAAUAUAUGUGCAGCCAGCCAUUUCAUCACCUUCACCGAGUCCAACUGUAUCAUCUCCUCCAACCAUUUCAAACGGUACUAUACUUUCAGCAGAUCGCAUCUCUCCCUACAUCUCAGCCAUUCUCAAUCCAACAGCUACCGUCCUACCAAGACUAAAAUGUCCUGUUCUGAACUCUCAGCGUUACCGUUCGCUGCAACAGAGGAAUGAGCAAGAGCCCAAAAUAUCCUUUUUCUUUGCUCUCAACUUACGCAACUGCAAGGACAUCCUUCCACGGCUACUGGGAAGCAUCGUUGAAGUAGCACAAUUCUUGGGCGUUUCUAGAUGUGCAAUAAGUAUCGUUGAAGGAAAUUCAGCAGAUGGCACUGCGGAUGUCCUAUCGGCACUUGAUCCGUUCCUAAAGGACUUGGGCUUGGUCUAUCUGUUCCAGAAUUCAAAGAUAAAUCCUUCAAAGGACGCACGCAUCAAGAAACUCGCUCAACUACGUAAUUUGGCCCUUGAGCCGUUGGUCAAGAAUCAGGUGCCAGUUUCAGAUGAGACCACUGUUCUCUUCAUCAACGACGUCGCCGCAUGCCCUGAUGAUCUACUCGAGCUCGUGCAUCAGAAGCGUAACUUAAAUGCUGACAUGACAUGCGCUAUGGAUUACACCUAUGUAGGUCAACACCCGACUUUCUAUGAUAUAUGGGUGGCUCGAACCAUCAAAGGCGACUCGUUCUUUGAAGUCGGAUCGGACGGGAACUGGAACAGCGCGUGGAAUCUUUUCUGGAACGACCCCCAAACUCGCGCUCGUUUUGAGGAACAUAAGCCAUUUCAAGUUUUUGCGUGUUGGAAUGGAGCUACGGCUUUCGGUGCGAGCCCGCUCCUUCAUGGAACACGAUUCAGAGAGAGUAACCCGAAUGAAUGCUUUCAGGGAGAGCCGACCUUAUUUUGUAAAGAUCUCUGGCACAGGGGCUUUCGUAAGAUCGCGGUGAUUCCCAGUGUUAACCUCGAGUACUCGGAUAAAAGGGGAGCUGAUAUUAAAAAACUCAAAGGAUACGUGUCCGACAUAGUUGAGGAGGAGGAUGAAGACAAUGCGAUCGACUGGGUAUUUUCGCCACCUGAACAAGUUCGAUGCAUGCCCACAUGGGAGACACAAGAAUGGAGACCAUGGAACGAGACAUUGUAA